GUCGCGCCGGCCACACAAACCGCGCUGAUCCCGGGCGCCCGCUUUAGUUCACUCCCCUGUCCCCUCCUCUCCGCGCAGCGGCGACCAAACCAUGGAGCUGUCCACCGUCGCCGCCGCAGUUGCCUCGGCCGCCGCGCGUCCACACGGGCAUUUCUCCUCUCCCCGCGCGGCCUCCGUCUCCGUCUCCGUCUCGUGGAACAACAGUCCCUCGCUCGCCUCCACCUCACGACGGCAAAGGCUGCUGCGGCGGCUCCCCGUCACCUCGGCCGUCGUGGAGCUCCGCCAAGCCGCUGCCGGGGGCGGAGACUCGCUUCGUGUCACCGAGACGCGGCAGCCUGGAUCCAGUGUUAAGUUCAGCGUGGAGGUGCCUACUUCCAUCAUUCACGACUGUUACCAAACCACGCUACAGGAGUACGCGAAACGUUUUAAGGUUCCUGGAUUUCGGCCUGGGAAGAUCAUUCCAGAAAACAUUCUUAUAAACUAUGUAGGACCGCAACAUGUACAGGAUGCCACAAUUGAAGCUGUCUUGAAACAUACACUUCCUCAAGCAUUGUCCUCGGUAGAGGAGAGGGCAUUAGAAGAUUCUGUUCGCAUUCUUACUCAGUUUGAUGAUAUGAGAAAUUCUUUCUCACUCGACAAUGUGUUUAGGUAUGAUGUUGCUGUGGAUGUUGUCCCUGAAGUCCGAUGGUUAUCCGAAGACAAAUAUAAGAACCUCAAAGUUGUCGUUGAAAUAGAUGAAGCUGUUGAUGCAGAAAAGGCAGCAGAAAAAGAGCUUCAGCGACGUCAUAAAGCUCUGGGCUUACUUAGAGUUGUGGCUGACAGAGGCCUCCAGAUUGGUGAUCUGGUGGUACUAGAUAUUUUUGCAGACAGCAUUAACAGUGAUGGCUCUAAAGGUGAAAAAAUUUCAUCUGCCGAGAGUACAGGUUUCCACUUGGACACUGAGGAAACUAAUAACCUUGUUCCUGGAUUUCUUGGUUCAUUAAUUGGGAUUCGUCCUGGUGAAGCUAGAUCAUUUCCUAUUCAGUUCCCUGAGUCAUUUGAGCAAGAAAGUCUAAGAGGUGUCCAUGCACAGUUUACUGUUGUGUGUAAAGAGCUCUUCUACAGAGAGUUGCCAGAAAUGGGUGACUCACUUGCUGUAAAGCUUCUUCCAGGAUGCACUACAAUAGACGAGGUUCGAGGACGUAUUUUGGAAAGAUGUAAAGAAGUAGAGAAAAUGGCCAUAGAACAAGCAACCGAUAAUGCAAUCCUUGAUCAGCUCGGGAAGUUGGUUGAGGUUGAUGUUCCUCGUGCCUUGUUUCAAGAACAAGGCCAACAACUUUACGGAGCCAAACUUCUGCAGCUUCAGGCAGAAAGGAAGCUAGAUAAAGACCAGCUAGCAUCCUUAUCGACCCAGAGGUCAGUUCAGGCGUACCUAGAAGAUGAGAAGGAGAAUAUUACAAGAAUCAUUAAACAGAUGCUGGCUGUUGGUGAUGUUUUCAAAUCCGAGAAUUUACAGUACUCUACUGAACAGCUCAUCAAGGAAGUUGAAAACUCCAUAGCAGAGUUCAAACAGUACAAUCAAGACUAUGAUGAGGACAACAUCAGGCAACAGGUCCAGGAUGUUCUAGAGGCAGCGAAGGUGCUUGAAUGGCUCAAGGAGAACUGUACAGUCGAGUAUAUCAGGCGAUGAGUCUAUGAUGCUGCUGGGUCAAGGCUCUCUGAACGUGAGAAAGAUGGCUGGUGUGGCGGUGGGCAAUUUUGUGAGUGACCUUGGUCCUUGCCAACCAACCCAUGCAAUGAAGAAUCUUGCGCAUAGCAGACCAGUGCAGUGAUUAAGAUUUUGUUUCUAUAUAGCAUAAGAAAGAAGUAUACUAUAUUUUGUAAGUACAAUGCGAGUUCACAAAAGUUGUACCCAGUCUUUAAGAGGUUGUAAUCCACAUUUCAACAGAUCAGCCUUGCCUCGGUUUUUUCCUUCCCCAAACCCCACUCAUGUGGGAGCCUCUAGCACUGGGUCUGCUCUCUCUCUCUCUCAAUUGAAUCAAGAGUUCUACAUC